GUGACCCAUAACAUGUCCUCUUUUGCCGACGUUCGUGUGCAUGACUCUGUGGAAGGUUCGCGUUCUCAUGGCUUUGCGGAUAUUGUUUCCGAUCCGCUCUAUGUAGCGAUUAGCGAUUCUAUCCGCGUCCAAAACUGCACUGAGUCGCGCUCGCAAAGGGGUCGACAUCCAGUCCAACGCCAGCUUCAAUUCUCUAUGCUCGUCCUUAUCGUCUACUGUCUCUUCCUGUGCGCUGGGGACGUGUACAACGAAGGUGAGUACCCGUUCACGGCCGUCGCGCGCUCAUCAGUUCUUUCAGAUUUCGACCCCUUUCGAUGUUGCUCCCGGGGACGAGUCUUGUGCAAGUUCGCGGUCUUCUGCCUCUGACCCUUGGGUAGGUCAUCAACGCUAUCAAGUGCACCAACCGCUGUCUUGGUCGAUGCCCUUCAGCUCUUGCUAUGGGCAGUGUCAUGUACUUCGGCGCCUGCCGUCCGAAGACGGUAUCAGCGUCGACCUCGGCGCGGUCGUCUCUACGGCAGAACGCGCGAGCUCUGCUAUUUGCAGCCUCGCAGCCGUGCUCUGUGGCACUCUCGUCGGGCUCUGUGGCACUCUCGUCGGGCUCGGCGGGGGGAUGACCGUUCGUUGA